AUGGUGGUUGACACGUGGGCCAAUCGGCAACCUGCGUUGGAGCAUCUUGAUAUCUCAGCUAAUAAGUUCAGUUUUGAUAUUGUUCAUGCAAUCUCACCUUGUGAAAAGCUCACUUUCUUGAACAUUUCAAGCAACCAAUUUGGAGGUCAAUUUCCUGUGCUUUCUUCGGCUGCAAAUUUGCAGUAUCUCCUCCUGGGAAACAAUCUUUUUCAAGGAGAGAUUCCUCUGCAACUAGCUGAUUAUUGUUCAAGUCUUGUCAAGAUCGAUCUUUCUUCGAAUAAUUUGUCGGGUACGGUUCCCAGUAGCUUCAGUUCUUGCUCUUCAUUGGCCUCUCUUGAUAUUUCUAAUAACAAAUUCUCAGGUGAAUUGCCUGUUGACACUUUCUUGCAAAUGAGUAGCUUGAAGGAGCUUGUUUUAUCCUUUAAUGAAUUCACUGGUGUUCUUCCCGAUUCUUUGUCAAAAUUCACCAAUUUGGAGACUUUAGAUCUGAGUUCAAAUAAUUUCUCAGGUUUAAUCCCGGCUAAUUUGUGUCAGGAUCCUGGAAACUCCUUGAAAGAGCUGUAUCUUGCUAACAAUUUACUUGCUGGUUCCAUUCCUCCAACUCUUAGUAACUGUUCACAGCUUGUUUCACUCCAUUUGAGCUUCAAUUUUCUCUCUGGAACUAUCCCUUCUAGCUUGGGGGCUCUGUCCAAGCUUCAGGAUUUGAAGCUGUGGUUGAAUAAUCUCCAUGGGGAGAUCCCACAGGAACUUGGUAACAUUCAAACAUUGCGGACAUUGAUUCUUGACUUCAACCAGUUGUCGGGACCAGUGCCUUCUGGUUUAAGCAACUGCACCAAUUUGACUUGGAUCUCAUUGUCGAAUAACCAGCUGAGUGGUGAGAUUCCUCGGUGGAUUGGCAAGCUUUCGAACCUCGCGAUUCUCAAGCUCAGUAACAACUCCUUUUAUGGUAACAUCCCGCCAGAGCUCGGUGAUUGUAGGAGCUUGAUUUGGUUGGAUCUUAAUACCAAUAACUUAAGUGGAUCCAUCCCUCCUGCAUUGUUCAAACAAUCUGGUAAAAUAGCGGUGAAUUUCAUCGCGGGGAAGAAAUAUGUGUACAUUAAGAAUGAUGGUAGUAAAGAGUGCCAUGGAGCAGGAAAUUUGCUUGAGUUUGCAGGAGUUAGACAGGAGCAGUUGAACAGAAUUUCAAUCAGGAAUCCCUGUAAUUUCACUAGAGUGUAUAAAGGUCUCACCCAGCCCACAUUUAACAACAAUGGAUCGAUGAUGUUUUUUGAUAUUUCAUACAAUAUGUUGUCAGGAACCAUUCCGGUGGAGAUUGGGAGCAUGUCAAAUCUCUAUAUCUUGAAUUUGGGGCACAACUCUUUUUCGGGUACUAUUCCAUCAGAGCUUGGAGGGUUAACGCUUCUUAACAUUCUUGACCUGUCGAGCAAUAAUCUUGAAGGGACAAUUCCGACAUCAAUGAGUUCUCUUAGCUUUCUUGCAGAGGGUGAUCUGUCGAACAACCAUCUCACUGGAAUGAUUCCUGAAGGUGGACAGCUUGAAACUUUUCCACCUACGAAGUUUGUCAACAAUUCAGGCCUUUGUGGAUUGCCUCUUCCCCCAUGUGGGAAAGAUGCAGCGUCAAGUGCAAAUUCUCAGCAUAAGAAGUCUGAUAGGAGACCGGCUGCUCUUGUGCGGAGCAUUGCAAUGGGAUUGUUGUUCUCCCUCUUCUGCAUCUUCGGUUUGAUCAUAGUUGGUGUGGAAAUGAAGAAAAGGAGGAAAAAGAAAGAUUCAACUCUUGAUGUUUAUAUCGACAGUCGUUCACAUUCUGGCACUGCAAACACCAGUUGGAAGCUAACUGGAGCUCGCGAAGCAUUAAGCAUUAACCUUGCUACAUUUGAGAAGCCCCUAAGAAAGCUCACCUUUGCAGAUCUUCUUGAAGCCACCAAUGGCUUCCACAAUGACAGUCUUAUCGGCUCUGGUGGUUUUGGUGAUGUCUACAAGGCUCAACUGAAAGAUGGAAGCAUUGUAGCUAUCAAGAAACUAAUACAUAUCAGUGGACAAGGUGAUCGCGAAUUCACAGCUGAGAUGGAAACCAUUGGGAAAAUCAAGCACCGGAACCUUGUACCUCUCUUGGGCUAUUGCAAGGUAGGGGAAGAGCGGCUUCUGGUUUAUGAGUACAUGAGGUAUGGAAGUUUAGAAGAUGUUUUACAUGAUAAGAAGAGAGCUGGGAUCAAGCUAAACUGGGCUGCAAGGAGGAAAAUUGCAAUUGGAGCUGCAAGAGGGUUAGCUUUUCUUCACCACAAUUGCCUCCCACACAUUAUACACAGGGACAUGAAAUCGAGUAAUGUCUUACUCGAUGAACACCUUGAAGCAAGAGUGUCCGAUUUUGGAAUGGCUAGACUUAUGAGUGCAAUGGAUACACAUCUGAGCGUCAGCACGCUAGCUGGCACACCCGGUUAUGUCCCUCCCGAGUACUACCAAAGCUUUAGAUGUUCAACCAAAGGAGAUGUUUACAGUUAUGGCGUAGUUUUGCUCGAGUUGUUAACAGGAAAAAGGCCAACAGAUUCAGCAGAUUUUGGUGACAAUAACCUUGUCGGGUGGGUGAAGCAGCACGCGAAACUCAAAAUAAGCGAUGUUUUUGAUCCAGAACUCAUGAAAGAAGAUUCAAGCCUAGAGAUUGAGCUUCUGCAACACUUGCGUGUAGCGUGUGCAUGCUUAGACGACCGAUCAUGGAGACGACCAACAAUGAUUCAGGUUAUGGCAAUGUUCAAGGAGAUUCAAGCCGGUUCUGGGCUUGACUCACAAUCCACCAUUGCCACUGAUGAUGGAGGUUUCAGUACAGUCGAAAUGGUUGAUAUGACCAUAAGCGAAGCCCCCGAACUAAGCAACAAGGCAUAGAACAACAAACCACAUUCGAACGAAUGCGAUUCGAGCAGUUUUCAACUAGAAUUCUUUGAAACCAAGAAAGAGGGUGGUAUGGUAAUGGUUCCAUUCAGCUGCCUAAAAAAUUUUCCCUCUUCUUUCCCACUUGAAAAAAAAACUCAAAAAUGUGGCAUGAAAAUUUGCCUUUGUAUCUCUACCAGUUUAAUGUAUGUAUCUCUUGUAUCCCUUUUAAAAUUCUUGUUAUUUAUACAUAAAAGGUUGUUUAACUUCGUUAUAAAAUGUGUAAAUAUACAA